AUGCGGGGAGCCCGUCGUCUAGCCUCCUCCCACGGACCCAUUACCCCUCCCUCUUCCCUCAUUUGCCCCCCUUCCCUCUUUCUUUUCCCCCACUACACCUCCUCAGUCCCCCCUUCUCUCCCUCCCAUUUUCCGCCCUUCCACCUCUCAUUUCCUCCCCCGCCCACCCUAUUUCCGCACCCCCACCAUCCUCCCCACCGUAUGUCACACACGCAUUCACCUGCCUCCCCCACCCGAAGGUGCCAUGGCGCCAGAGUCACAGCAGCCUCUCUCUACCCCUUCCCUUCCUGGUAGCCUCACUCCAGCCCCCAUUCGCUCGGAGGCAGGCUUGGAUGCAUGCUCCGGUGGAGGUGUGGGAGGGAAUGAUGUAGAGGACGGUGAGAGAAGCGGGCGGGUGGACAAUGAGAAAGGGAUGGAUGGAGAGACGAGAGAGGAGGACAACAGAGCAGAGGAUGUGCGGGAGGAGGAGGAAAGGAGAAUGACAGAGGGGCGAAAAGUGGUGCGUAUGCUGCAGGGGAGGAGGUGGGCGUGGACGGACUUUUGGGAGGAGAUUGAUGAUGAGGUGAGUGAGUGUGGAAGCUGCCGCUGUCUGCUCGUGGUUUCUGCUUCUGCUCAUAACUUGGAUCGACUCUCACUUUCUUCCCCGCCCCUGCCCACCUCUCUGCUAACGCGACGCGGCUGCAUUUUUACUAAUAGUGGCGGCAAUUGGAGCUACUCGCGCCGCCAGCAGAGACCUCGCCAGCAGAGAGGCCCCGCCAGCAGAGAAGGGGUGGCCGCCGUGAGCCACUACAGCACCACCCUCUUCCCUGCCUCUCCCCUCCCGCAGCUGCUGCUGUGGGGGGGAGGUGGCGGGGACGGGGGGGUGGGGGGGCUGGCGUUUGAAGGACAAUUCAGCGACUACUGUGGGUGGGGCAGGGGUGUGGAGGAAGGAAGGGGGGAGGGAGUGCGGUUCCAAGGGGCGGCUGAACUAGGGGGUGUGGUUCAAGGGGGGUGGUUGAGUGGGUGUGGGGAUUUUGGGGUUCGUAAGAGGGGUUUCGCCACGCUUGGCUCCCCCCCACCUCCUCCCCUCACCACUCUCUCACCUCCCCCUUUGUAA